UUUUAAUCAAAAGACAUCCUUUUCCCUCUUUUCCUUUCCCCUUUUUAUUUUUUGCGUAGCCGAUUCACGUUAUUGACUGCUUCAUUAAUCAGUGAUACUUGUUUUUCUUAUAAAAUGAACUUUUCCAUUCCGGCGGCUCUUUCAAGAAAGUCAGCGACGGAUGACGGUGGUUACGAGUGCAGAAAGAAGAAGGAGCCUAGUACCAUGGCAAGUAGAACCAUCAUGUCGACACCUCCAAGUACACCACAAAGCAAUCGGUAUUUCAAGGCAUCCCCACAACGAGUGCAGGCCUUGCGCAGACAACACAGCGGAGAAUCACCAAAACUAGCUCGUCAGCACACAAUGCCUAUUCUGGAGUCGUCCAAGUCAGCAUCGACGGCCCGUAUUGCAAGUAACCUUCGACGAGCUCACAGUCAUACGACAGCAUCAGAAGCAGCAGCAGCUACAAAGGAUCUUUACUCCCUUGGCGCGUCGUCAGCAUCAGAAGCCACAACAAGAAAAGCUCAUCGUCCAUGGCAACGACAGCAACCACAAUGUCAAAUAGGAAGAAAACCAGAAAAUGACAGUGAUAGCAAUCGACGCCGUUCUACAAAGAGUGCAACCGGGUGGACCCACGAUACAUGGCUCAUCUUGUCACGGUACUACGAAGCAGUUGGACGCGAUGCAGAAGAAACAGUCAAUAGCUUUUACCGCCACGAGUCCCUCCAGAUUUGCAAAGACACCGAGGGCUUUUAUGAAAUCAUAGAGCUUUGGCCAAAGGACGUGGUUAGAUGGCGCGUUUUGUGUCUAUCCUCUGUGACAAAGAAACAUGGUGGCAUCCCGCUAUUGGACCGCGUAAAAGCGUACAAUGAAAAGAAACGGUGCAGACGCCAACGAGAUGCAGAGGAGGAGAAGGAAGGGGGACAAGAUCAGCACGCAUAUGAGUAUGAAGAGGACGACGACGAGGAGGAGCAUCCGGCAUGUUAUAAAAGGGUUUGUCGUAGACAACCGACUAUAGCAGCAGCAUGCACAAAAUAAUCAGCACCUGUAUGUUCAUAGAACCCUCCAUUGUACGUUGUACGCUCAUUUCGAUAAAACCGUGAUUAAAAUUGAAAAGGACGCGAGCGUAUACAGUAUAUGUACGGCCAUUUCCUAGUUGGUACAAUUUUGAAAAAACACAACCAUUUAAAAUCAGCCCAUCAGUUCAGGGCAGCAGUGGUUUUAAGAUUGCUUAGUCAAGGAUAGUUCGUCAGAUGACAGGUGUGAAAUGAACUCCUCUGUCGACUUUUAGACAAAAACUGCUUGAUAUGUAUACCGUAUCUUCGUCACUAAUUAUAGAGCUUCGUUGUUGGUGACACAUAUCACAAAUAAUAAUAAAAACCGCAACAUGCAUG